GCAGCCAAAGCGGAUAUCCUCGGCCUCAAUUAAACCCCCGUCACGAUUCAAUCAUCAUGUUGGCUGUCAGCGCCACGUCGAUCGCGCCGCCGCCGAACCCAAGCUUUGCCUAGACCGGGUCAAGCUCCUGUCAUCCCCGCCCAAUCACACGGUUUACCCCGUGGGGUCACGGCAGGUUCGGGUGCGCCAACGUUGGGAUAAAAGCUUCCGUGCCCGUGGAUUGCUGAUCUGAGCUGUCUGCUCUUUUGUGUUUGUGUUUCCGAUUCGUGUGCAACCUGCUGUUACGAAUAUGAAUGAAGACAAGAUGCACGAUGAAAUGAUUGAGAAUGGCAAAGGGAGCGGGGGCAUUGAGGCGGGGUUGGGCGAGGAGGAUGGGAAGAUGAUGAGGACGGCGGUGUUGAAGAUGGAUUGUCGCAUCCUUCCUAUCCUCGCGUUGUUAUUCCUCUGCUCUUUCAUCGAUCGCACAAAUGUCGGGAAUGCGAAAAUUUUGGGGCUCGAGAAAGACAUUCACAUCAAUGAUCAUCAGUAUGCGAUUGGUCUGUGUGUCUUUUAUGCGACGUACAUAGCAAGUGAACUGCCGUCGAACUUGGUAUUGAAGAAGUUGUCGCCCAAGAUCUGGUUGCCUCUUCUUACAGCUGUCUGGGGUGUCCUCACCAUGUGUCUUGGCUUCGUACGCAGCUUUGCCUCAUUUGUGACUGUUCGAGCACUACUUGGUGUUGCUGAGGGAGGUCUGCUACCUGGCAUGGUUUUAUACCUCUCUCACUUUUACCGCCGUGACGAGCUCGCUCUACGCAUCGGAAUCUUUUACACAGCAGCAUCGCUGUCAGGAGCUUUCGGAGGUCUACUCGCCCGCGCUCUGAACGCCAUCGGACCAGCCGGAGGGCUCGAAGGAUGGAGAUGGAUUUUCAUCGUUGAGGGACUUAUCACUGUCUUCGUCGGCAUCUGCUCUGCUCUUUUCUUACCCAACUCCAUUGAAGCUGCCGGCUUCCUGACUUCUGUGGAAAAAGACCUUGCGCGACACCGCCUUGAUCAGCAAAACUCUGCACAUGAGCCCUUCUCAUGGGCAGAAGUUAAGCGUGGUGUUUUCAACGUCCAAGUCUGGCUCACUGCUCUGGCCUACUUUGCCAUCCUCAGCGGCCUCUACUCUUUCGGCCUGUUCUUGCCUACCAUCAUCAACAAUGGUUUCGCGAAGGAUCCAAACCAGGCUCAGCUCUGGUCCGUCAUCCCAUACGCGGUCGCGGCAGUCUUCACUGUUAUUACGGCCUUCAUGUCUGAUCGUCUUGCCCUCCGCGGUCCCGUCAUGUUAUGCACGCUUCCGAUUGCCAUCAUCGGGUAUGGCGUCAUCAGUCAAACCACGAACCCGAAGGUCCAAUACGGCAUGACCUUCCUCAUGGCAACGGGAAUGUACGCCUCCGUACCCUGUAUUCUCUCCUGGAACAGCAAUAACAGCGCGGGACACUACAAGCGCGCCACGACAACUGCGCUGCAGCUUGCGAUUGCGAAUGCAGGUGGCUUUGUCGCGAGUUUCGUGUACAAGAAGAAGGAAGCGCCGCAGUUCCAUAAGAGUCACAGUAUCAUACUCGGACUGCUCUGUGCGGCUUGGCUGUUGAUCGCUGCGAAUGUGCUCUGGGUUGCGAAGGUGAAUCGCGACAAGAGGAGUGGGAAACACAGUGAGCAUGAAGGCAGGGGCGAUGAUAGGGAUCCGACCUUCAUUAUGGUCAUGUAA